AUAAAUAUUCAACCGCAUGCAGCCAAUAUUGCCCGACUAGCUUUUGCAUCCUGUCUGAUAUCAAAGGACCCAGCCGCAGCGAUGGCACCCACGACGUCGUUGGAAUCGAAAUCGCUUGUGACGCCAUACCUGGUAUUCAUCAUAUUCAUAACCACAUUGGGGCCUCUCCAAUUUGGAUAUCAUCUGGCUGAGCUCAAUGCUCCGAAAGACGUCAUCACCUGUUUGAAGAAAAGUAUUGCCUCAGAAAAAGAAGCCAUUUCGAAACUGCCACAAUGUAUCCCAAUGAAUGAGUUUCAAUUCGGCAUCGUGUCUUCAAGUUAUACGCUCGGCGGCCUUCUGGGAGCCCUUGUCGCGGGGCCCUUUGCAACCAAAUACGGCCGGCUCCUUGCUCUCCGCUUGACAACGAUAUUCUUUAUUACGGGUCCCAUUGGCGAAACCCUUGCCACUGGCAUUGAAUCUAUAAGCGCUGGCCGGUUAGUCUCAGGCAUUGGGGCUGGCGCUGCAAUUGUUGUCGGGCCUAUAUAUAUCGCGGAAGUGGUUCAUGCAACCCAAAGGGGGUUCUUCGGUGCCUUUACACAGGUCAUGACCAAUGUCGGAAUAUUACUCUCCCAAUCUCUGGGGUACUUUCUAAGUAAAGGUAGCCUAUGGCGUAUUAUCCUUGCAGUUGCUGGUGUCAUUGGUGCUCUGGAAGUCCUUGGACUGCUCUUUGUUCCUGAGAGUCCCAUCUGGCUGGCUGAGCAUCAACGGGCAGCCCAUGCCAUGCUAAUCCUCCAGCGGAUCCGCGGAAAGAAUAAAGAUAUUGAACAAGAGGCAAAAGCCUGGAGAAUUCCGCCGGGCCAAACCGAUGCAAGAAUCGCAGAGGAAGAAUCUCUUCUCACACCACCAGCGGGGAAUCUCCCUCCCAAGCGUCCCCAAGUCUCCAUGCUAGGGGUCAUAAUGAACCCGACGUACCGCCCUGCAAUCGUCGCUGUCAUCGCGGUCAUGGCCGCUCAGCAAUUUACCGGAAUCAACAGUAUAGUCAUGUACAGUGUUUCCAUACUCUCCGACAUCCUCCCAACCGCAGCUCCGCUGCUCGCCGUUGGAGUCUCCGCUCUCAAUCUCAUAGUUACCCUCCUUUGCGCUCCACUAGCGGACAAACUCGGCCGCAAAACAUGCCUCCUCCUCAGCAUCACUGGCAUGGGUGUCAACUCCAUGCUCCUUGCACUGGGCAUCUCAUUUAAUUUCGAAAUCCUCUCCGCUAUUGCGACGCUCCUAUUCGUAGCAAGUUUUGCUGUCGGCCUUGGGCCCGUUCCAUUUAUACUUGCCUCCGAGCUCGUUGGGCCCGAAGCGGUUGGUGCCACACAAAGCUGGGCUCUAGGUGCCAACUGGACCGCUACUUUUAUCGUUGCGCAGUUUUUCCCUCCACUCAACAUGGCUAUGGGAGGGAAAGGGAGAAUUUAUUGGGUUUUCACGGCCCUGGCGGUGGUGUUGGGUUCGUUUUUGGCCUGGUGGGUUCCAGAGACGAAGGGAAAAUCUACCAUGGAGGAGGUUUGGGGUCGCCGGGCGGAGCGGAGAGUUGAUUAGAUUGAGCAUUAUAUAUCAGUUACUUCAUCUUACAAAUAUAUAUAUUGGGAUGUGGCUCUUCUAAUUAAUAGCAAGUAGAAGCCAUGGACAAAGUCGAACAAAUAACAUCUUACCUAACAGUAUAGCUAGCCGAAUGGUUGAUUGCCACUUCCAGUGUCAUAUUUCCUCUCAUUAUUUCCUAACCCAGCAGCUACAGAAAAAAUACUAUUCCUGGAUGGAUUACAAAGUUGUGCACCCCCGAAAAAAUCUUAGUUUACAGAAUAUAAAUUGAUAGUGGGUCAUAUCCGGAUUUU